CGCCGCAAGCGAGAGCAGCCGAGUCCCCGCCCCGCCACUUCCGGUCCCGCCGCCCCCAGCCGGUGCGGCCGUGAGGGGCCGCGUCUCGCCGCCGCGGGCCGGCCGGGCACGGUGUGGGCGCCUGGCCUGCCUCGCCGGUCUCAGGGUGCCCAGGGGAACGUUCGGUAGUCGUAAUGCUGACGCUGGCGAGCAAACUGAAACGAGAUGAUGGCCUCAGAGGCUCCCGGGCGCCAGCCACGGCCUCCGACUCCACUCGGAGGGUGUCUGUGAGAGACAGGCUGCUCGUUAAAGAGGUUGCAGAACUUGAAGCUAAUCUACCUUGUACAUGCAAAGUGCAUUUUCCUGACCCAAACAAGCUUCAUUGCUUUCAGCUAACUGUAACCCCAGAUGAGGGUUACUACCAGGGUGGAAAAUUUCAGUUUGAAACUGAAGUUCCUGAUGCGUACAACAUGGUGCCUCCCAGAGUGAGAUGCUUGACCAGGAUCUGGCACCCCAACAUCACAGAGACAGGCGAGAUCUGCCUAAGUUUACUGAGAGAACAUUCGAUCGAUGGCACCGGCUGGGCUCCCACUAGGACGUUAAAGGAUGUAGUCUGGGGAUUGAACUCACUGUUCACUGAUCUUUUGAAUUUUGAUGAUCCACUGAAUAUUGAAGCUGCAGAACACCAUUUGCGGGACAAGGAGGACUUCCGGAGCAAGGUUGAAGACUACAUGAAGCGCUACGCCAGAUGAUAGAGGAGGGGACUGCAGGGCUGUGGGCUGUGUGCUGCCGGUUUGUCUCCGUCUCAGACCGAGAGGGAGCCGCCUCCCCUCCUCGCGCUCCCUCAGCCCCACCGGGUCAUCCGAGUCCUGCGACCAUGUCCUGAGGAAGAACCUCUUCACGACUGCCCACUGUACCUGGAGAGCUCCACGUAAAUACAGCAAGAAAAUGUGCUUGGGGUUCUAAAGAGUUGUCUGCUUACCUUAACAUGUUUACUUUUUGGAAAUUGUACUGUGUAGGCUGUUGGUGAGAUUCUUGAGAAGCUGUAAUGAGCUCAGAAUUGAGGCUGGAGCUUGCUUCUUCCCUUUCCAAACAAAACGGCCCCUGCACAAGUGCUGACGGUGUGCUCAGUGUAGCUCGCAGACUGGCCUAAGAAACCCGCUGCAAACUGUGACGGACGCGAACUCGUAACUCCUCCCACAGAUGCUGGCCCCGCCUACAUGUCAUGAGGCUUCCAGAGUGCAUAGAGUCAUUCACUGUAGAUCUCUUACUGAAAUGCAUAUUUUAUUUAAUGUAAGUAUAUUUUGGAACAGAUUUGUAAUUUGUACAAUUUAAUGCUUUAAUUAUUUUUUUCUAUCUUCAUUUAGUUUGUAUUUUCAUUGUCUAGAGCAGACAGAAAGAUGUUGGGUCAAGCAAUUAUUGCAGAGAAAUACAAAGAAAAUAUGAAAGACACAUUACUCAUUCUGUCCAAAUGCAACAAGAAUUUGGCUUUUAAAAAUUCAGCUUUUACUUUCAGGUCCAGAUGGGGUAGGACAUUUCAGACCCCUUUGAAACCGGAUCUAGAUGAUUUCAGAACAAAAUGCAGGGUGCCUUCUCACAUGCUGCCCAGAGGCAACUGGCUGAGCCCAGGCCAGCUGGGGGGCUUGGUGCUUUUGCAGUGGUCUGUGCCUGUGAGCCAGGAGGCAGUGCCUGUGGAGCUGCUGACCAGAGAGCCGGACCCCCUGGGUCCUGAGGGACUGGAGAGAGCUCAGGAACCAGCCCAAACAGUGCCUCGUGCCUCUGGGGCCAUAGCUGUGGCCUGCCGAGUUUACUGGGGUUCUGGGCCCUGUUGAGGGGGGAGCACUCCAAGGCCUUGUAGGUAUGGGAGUCAGCAGACGGCCGUAUGGGGUGAGGUCGGCGCACUUCAGAGGAAGAACACCAACAAGGCCAGCGGAUUUAUGCCAGCAUUUAGACACUGGAGCCAGUGACAUCAAGUGCAAGAUAAAUGUUUAUAUGGUUUCAUCUGCUGCUUGCCUAACAUACUCAGGUAUAACUGACAGCCUCCUUAGACCCGACUUCCCCAUCUGCCAUCUGCCAUCUACCAUCUACCUGGCCUGGUUCAUUUUUCAUGAUUUAUAUUAUAAUCUCUGAUUCUGCGAUCAGUCUGUCCUGGAGGUCAGCACGGGAGGGAUGCAGGCCCUGCUUCCCCUUUGAAGCCAGGAAUUGUUCCCAUUAGACUUGAGGUGGUGCCAGCUAACAGGCCACAUGGCUGGUGCACAGAGCAGAAUGGGUAGGACUGGGUUCAGGGCAUGGCGGCAUCUCAGCAGCUCAGGGCCUGUCAGGGAUACACAUAACCCUGCUUCCGAGCCCUGGGAGACACUGCAACUUACACACUAUUAACUGAAGCUCUGCCCAGCAUUGCAAGAACUUGCCAGCCAGGCACUGAGCCUUCCUCCACUUGGUGGGUCAGGAGGGCAGCAGCCGCCAUCCCACAGGCCUGGCUCCUGCCCCUGUGACCCAGGGCAUGCGGCUGGCUUCCUGGAGCCAACCCUCGGGGCCAUCUCACUGCCGUCCGGGCAGCCCCCGGGCCGCACGGCUGGUGGUACAGGUGGAGGUGGAAGAAAUGAUGGCAUUGCCUGUGGUUUAACAGAAACAUGCUAUUGGAGGUAAAAGACUGCCAUCUGAGCCAGCCUGGAAGGGUAAUAAUCUGUUUAUUUUGACCUCAGAGUAUUUGCACAGAGAAAAAUACUUUAUCAGGGGGGGAUCGUAAUUAUUCAAAAAAGACAUUUCCACAUAAUGGGAUCAUCCCUUUCUGCCCAGUGGAAAUCCCUUGGCAGUAUUUUGCCUCUCCGCUCCCCCAAGCCACACAUCUUAAGGGGCUCUGCCCAUCACCAUGAGCAGCUGGUAUUGUGCUGGUAGAGGGCCUGUGGCAUCUGUUGGUGGCUGUGGGACCCUGAUUUAUAGGCCUUUUGGUUUUUUGGGCUCUGCCCCACUUGAAGGCCAGAGUGUCUGGGUCCAGCACAUGUGGCCCACCACCCUGGUGAUAGCUGAGGACUUCUCAUCUACCAGGGGUGGGAAGGGAGGCGUGGAUAUUGGGCCUCUGGCCAAAGAGCUCAGCUCCGGAGCUGGAACGGUAUAGGGAGGCGCUGGGGAAAUGCAGCCCCUGGGUAGCUCUGACGUUCAGCCGGGUUCCCAUGACUCCUCUGCCUACGAUUUGGUAUGUCCGCGGCAUGUUUUUCAAGUCCAUUUAGAAGAAAGCAGUUCCAGGGGAGGCCGCUCAAAAGGAAAAGGCUUUCCCUUGUCACCUUCCCUCAAAUAAACCACCUACAAGUUGCCCAGCCGCCUCCCUGUGCAGUCUUCCCAAAAAGCCAGGGUGAGGGCAUUACUGGGGUGCUGAGGACAGCCCCCCGGGUUCCUCUCCUUUUCCUCUGCAGCCUGGACCGCACUCCUCAUCGGUGGCGCUCCCGUUCACGUCUUUGGCUCACUGCAGGACGCUGUCCCAGGGAGGAGUAUUUCACGGCACAAGAGGCCUGGCCUCACCUGCCCUUAUCUCCAUGCCCUGAGAGCCUUACCGAGCUGUUUACAUGAUUCCCACUCACUACAGAUUAAGUUGUCCAGAGAAGUCACUCCAGUACAAGAGUUGAUGUAAAAACUGUUAGAGAGCUGGUUCAGACUGCGUUUAGCUAAAACAUUUUCAAUGUACAGUCUUUAAAAAGGAGCACACACAUUAUUAGAAUUUGCCAGUUUAAAUGUUUCAAAGUGUCCAGGCAUAUUUUCCUCUGCUGUUACAUUCCAGGGACCCUGACACUUGUCUAGAAAGACUUUGUGGUGCAAGAGCAAGUGUCCUUCCCCAUGACUCUCCCACAGCCAGGCCGAUCUCAGCAGGGUCCCAGGCCCACUCUCAGGCCGUCUGGGGACAGAGCCAUCAUGUUGCUUAUGGCAGCAGACACAGACUGCACAGCCCUUCUCUGAGCUCUGGAGCUCAGCAAAGUAACCCCGGAGGGCAAACCCCCAGGCUGCUGAGGGCCAGCCGGCCUCACACGUCUCGGAGGACAAAGCCCACCGUUCCUUGGAGUUGCUCUGUUGCCCACCCCAUUCUUUAGAGAACUUCUGUGACAAAAAACCCACAAAAUCCUAUUAACACCAGACUUUUCACACUGGGUUAUCAGGCAGAACUUUUUAAAUAAAAAAAUUCCAACAAGCUGUUAGCCACCAAUUGCAUUCCUUGGGGAGACCCUCCUUUUCCAGCUGGUGCCGUCUAUUCUGGGAUUGUUUUCACUUUGAUCCACCUAAAAAUGUUUAAUCUUGGAAAGUCAGGUUUGCUAUAAGUUCAUGAUUCAUAAAAUAAAAUAUGUCUAGCAAAACAC